CGCUCUACCCGCCUCCAAGCCCUUUGCAGGCGCCCUUUACGCCGCGGACACGGGAGAGUUAAGCCAAUAAACACGUAAGCGCCGCUCCCUCCCCAAUCGGCAAGAUGCCUCUCCGGCUCUUGGCUGCAUCGACAGCUUGCAACACUCGGCAUCUUUUCUGGAGGCGCCUCCUUCAGCGGCUGCAGAUGGCAUCCGGCUGCGGGCUUGGGGCUCGCAAUUGAUUCUCGCCCUUGCCCACCUCCGAUCCACGGACGCACCUCUCCCUUCUCCUCCUCCCUCGCGCUCCUGGGUCUAAGCCCAGCUCGCGAUCGCCAGGCGGUGGAAGCAGUCGCGGCGGCCGAGGCUGAGCAGCAGCGCGCUAGCUCCCUGACCUGGGGAGAAGCGCCCACCCGCGAGAGCCGACCUCCGGCUGCCUCCAGCGCCCCCCACCUUUUGCACCCCAAACCGGGGGCUCCCGGGACCCCCCUUCCCAGGCGCCACCAUGCUGGACCCUUCGUCCAGCGAAGAGGAAUCGGAUGAGAUCGUGGAGGAGGAGAGCGGCAAGGAGGUGCUCAGCUCGGCCGCGUCCGGAGCGCGCCUGUCUCCCAGCCGCACCAGCGAAGGCUCGGCCGGGAGCGCCGGGAUGGGGGGCGGCGGCGGCUCUGGGGCCGGGGUGGGCGCAGGCGGCGGCGGGAGCGGCGGCUCGAGCAGCGGCGGCGGGGCCGGGGGGCUGCAGCCCAGCAGCCGAGCAGGCGGCGGCCGGCCCUCCAGCCCCAGCCCGUCGGUGGUGAGCGAGAAGGAGAAGGAAGAGUUAGAGCGGCUGCAGAAGGAGGAGGAGGAGAGGAAGAAGAGGCUGCAGCUCUAUGUGUUCGUGAUGCGCUGUAUCGCCUACCCCUUCAACGCCAAACAGCCCACCGACAUGGCUCGGCGGCAGCAGAAGAUCAGCAAACAGCAGCUGCAGACAGUCAAGGACCGGUUUCAGGCCUUCCUCAAUGGGGAAACGCAGAUUGUGGCUGAUGAAGCCUUCAUGAACGCAGUGCAGAGUUACUAUGAGGUGUUCCUGAAGAGCGACCGUGUGGCCCGCAUGGUGCAGAGUGGGGGCUGCUCGGCCAAUGACUCCCGGGAGGUCUUCAAGAAGCACAUUGAGAAGAGGGUGCGGAGCCUGCCCGAGAUCGACGGCCUCAGCAAGGAGACCGUGCUGAGCUCCUGGAUGGCCAAGUUUGAUGCCAUCUACCGUGGGGAAGAGGACCCCAGGAAACAGCAGGCCCGGAUGACGGCUAGCGCAGCCUCGGAGCUGAUUCUGAGCAAGGAGCAACUCUACGAGAUGUUCCAGAACAUUCUCGGGAUCAAGAAGUUCGAACAUCAGCUCCUGUACAAUGCCUGUCAGCUGGACAAUCCAGAUGAACAGGCAGCCCAGAUCCGAAGAGAGCUGGAUGGACGUCUCCAGAUGGCAGACCAAAUAGCCAGGGAACGCAAAUUUCCCAAGUUCGUAUCCAAAGAAAUGGAGAACAUGUACAUCGAGGAGUUGAAGUCCUCCGUCAACCUGCUCAUGGCCAACCUGGAAAGCAUGCCAGUGUCCAAAGGUGGAGAGUUCAAGCUGCAGAAACUCAAACGCAGCCACAACGCUUCCAUCAUCGACAUGGGCGAGGAGAGUGAGAACCAACUCUCCAAGUCAGAUGUCGUGCUGUCUUUCUCCUUGGAGGUGGUGAUCAUGGAAGUCCAAGGCCUUAAGUCCUUGGCUCCAAAUCGCAUCGUCUACUGCACCAUGGAGGUGGAAGGAGGAGAGAAGCUUCAGACUGACCAGGCCGAGGCUUCCAAACCAACCUGGGGCACCCAGGGUGACUUCUCUACAACCCAUGCUCUGCCCGCUGUGAAGGUGAAGCUGUUCACAGAGAGCACAGGUGUCCUGGCCUUGGAGGACAAGGAGCUCGGGCGGGUUAUUCUCCAUCCCACCCCCAACAGCCCCAAACAGUCCGAGUGGCACAAAAUGACGGUCUCCAAAAACUGCCCCGAUCAAGAUCUUAAAAUCAAACUUGCUGUCCGGAUGGAUAAGCCCCAAAACAUGAAGCACUCUGGGUAUUUAUGGGCCAUCGGUAAGAAUGUCUGGAAGAGAUGGAAGAAAAGGUUUUUUGUGUUGGUGCAGGUUAGUCAGUACACGUUUGCCAUGUGCAGUUAUCGGGAGAAGAAAGCUGAGCCUCAGGAACUGCUACAACUGGAUGGCUACACUGUGGAUUACACCGACCCCCAGCCAGGUUUGGAAGGUGGCCGAGCCUUCUUCAAUGCAGUCAAAGAAGGAGACACGGUGAUAUUUGCAAGUGAUGAUGAGCAGGAUCGCAUCCUGUGGGUCCAGGCUAUGUACCGGGCCACUGGACAGUCACACAAACCUGUGCCCCCAACCCAAGUCCAGAAGCUCAACGCCAAGGGUGGGAACGUACCUCAGCUGGAUGCCCCCAUCUCGCAAUUCUCUGGACUAAAGGACGCAGAUAGAGCCCAAAAGCAUGGCAUGGAUGAAUUUAUCUCUUCCAACCCCUGUAACUUUGACCACGCUUCCCUCUUUGAGAUGGUACAGCGCCUUACUUUGGAUCACAGACUUAAUGAUUCCUAUUCUUGCCUGGGCUGGUUCAGUCCUGGCCAGGUGUUCGUAUUAGACGAGUAUUGCGCCCGAAAUGGAGUGCGAGGGUGUCACCGGCAUCUCUGCUACCUCAGAGACCUGCUUGAACGGGCGGAAAAUGGCGCCAUGAUUGACCCCACCCUUCUUCACUACAGCUUUGCCUUCUGUGCAUCCCAUGUCCACGGGAACAGGCCUGAUGGAAUCGGAACUGUGACUGUUGAAGAAAAGGAGCGCUUUGAAGAAAUCAAAGAGAGACUCCGAGUUCUGCUGGAAAAUCAGAUCACACACUUUAGGUAUUGCUUUCCAUUUGGUCGGCCUGAAGGUGCUUUAAAAGCUACUCUCUCACUCUUGGAAAGGGUUUUGAUGAAAGAUAUUGUUACCCCAGUGCCACAAGAGGAGGUAAAAACAGUCAUCCGUAAAUGUCUAGAGCAGGCAGCUCUAGUCAACUACUCGCGCCUGUCUGAAUAUGCCAAAAUUGAAGGGAAAAAGAGAGAAAUGUAUGAGCAUCCUGUCUUCUGCUUGGCCUCCCAAGUGAUGGAUUUAACCAUUCGUCCCCCGCCACCUCCUGGGCCUCCUCCUCCACCCACCCAAACGCAGACCAGCAUGUUAUAUCAGAGGCUCAAAGGCAUGCCUAAGCCGACAUCAAAAAAUGUAGGCCGGUUAAUCACUCCUGCCAAAAAGCUCGAAGACACAAUACGUCUGGCUGAACUAGUCAUUGAAGUCCUUCAACAAAAUGAGGAACACCACGCAGAGGGAAAAGAGCCACAUGUUGAUAAAGGAGAAGCCUUUGCAUGGUGGUCGGACUUAAUGGUGGAGCAUGCGGAGACGUUCCUGUCCCUCUUUGCGGUGGACAUGGAUGCAGCGUUAGAAGUGCAACCCCCAGACACAUGGGACAGUUUUCCGCUGUUUCAGCUACUGAAUGAUUUUCUCCGGACAGACUAUAAUUUGUGCAAUGGAAAAUUCCACAAACACCUGCAAGACCUGUUUGCCCCUCUUGUUGUUAGAUAUGUGGAUUUGAUGGAGUCCUCAAUUGCACAAUCCAUUCACAGGGGCUUUGAGCGGGAGUCAUGGGAACCAGUCAAGAGUUUAACCAGUAACCUACCCAAUGUGAACCUACCCAAUGUGAACCUUCCCAAAGUACCAAAUCUACCAGUUAACAUCCCUCUAGGCAUCCCACAAAUGCCUACUUUUUCGGCACCGUCAUGGAUGGCUGCUAUAUAUGAUGCUGAUAAUGGAUCAGGCACCUCGGAAGAUCUGUUCUGGAAACUCGAUGCACUUCAGACCUUCAUCCGGGACCUGCACUGGCCCGAGGAAGAAUUUGGAAAGCAUCUAGAACAGCGACUGAAAUUGAUGGCAAGUGACAUGAUUGAGUCCUGUGUCAAAAGAACCAGGAUUGCAUUUGAAGUUAAGCUGCAAAAAACCAGUCGAUCAACAGAUUUUCGAGUCCCACAGUCAAUAUGCACCAUGUUUAAUGUUAUGGUUGAUGCCAAAGCUCAAUCAACAAAACUUUGCAGCAUGGAAAUGGGCCAAGAGCAUCAAUACCAUUCAAAAAUAGACGAACUAAUCGAAGAAACAGUUAAGGAAAUGAUAACACUCUUGGUCGCAAAGUUCGUUACUAUCUUGGAAGGAGUCCUGGCAAAAUUAUCCAGAUACGAUGAAGGGACUUUGUUUUCUUCUUUUCUGUCAUUUACCGUGAAAGCAGCUUCCAAAUAUGUGGACGUACCUAAACCUGGAAUGGAUGUGGCCGACGCCUACGUGACUUUCGUCCGCCACUCUCAGGAUGUCCUGCGUGAUAAGGUCAAUGAGGAGAUGUAUAUAGAAAGGUUAUUUGAUCAAUGGUACAACAGCUCCAUGAACGUCAUCUGCACCUGGUUGACGGAUCGGAUGGACCUACAGCUUCACAUAUAUCAGUUGAAAACACUAAUUAGGAUGGUAAAGAAAACCUAUAGAGAUUUCCGAUUGCAAGGGGUCCUGGAUUCCACCUUAAACAGCAAGACCUAUGAGACCAUCCGGAACCGACUCACCGUGGAGGAAGCCACGGCAUCCGUGAGCGAGGGUGGGGGCCUGCAAGGGAUCAGCAUGAAGGACAGCGAUGAGGAAGAUGAAGAAGAUGAUUAGACCUUUGGUCCUCGAUUCCACUGGGACAGAGUCCUGUAAUCAAUGCAUGUCCUUAGUCUGUUAGUUAACUCCAUUAGGGAAUUUUCUGUCAACUACCAUGCCCAUGAGAUGUUUACCAAUACAACUGCCAUUUUAGCUACGUGGUACCGAGAUUAGCAAAUGACCUUUGAAUCCAUUGGUUUCCUUAUUUCCACGUCUAUAUGUUUACAAGCAAUAUGGCGCACCAUUCUGGAAAAACCGUUCAUGGAGAAUACAUAGUCCAACUGCUAAGUGGGUCUCUGUUAUCAGCGAAAUGAAACGAAGCUUCAUUCACGAACUGUAGAUAUUGACAAUAAAUGGAGAUGAGGGUGAGGAUGCUGGGGACUUUCAUUUCUUUGUUUCAUGUAUGUAGAGGUUGGUUAUUUAAAUGAGUACAUGAAUAAUUUAAGCACAUAGAUCUGCUUUGUUUUUUUUGGUUCUGUUUUUGUUUUUAAAUAAACCAAAGGCCAGGUCCCAAUAGCCAACUUUUGGUUCUUUCUGUUCCCCUAAAACUAAAAAAAAAAAAAAAAGUUUUUUUAAAAAAAUGGAAUCCUAGCAUCCUUGUUGGCCAUAAAAGGCGACGAACCGGCAGAUUAAUUCUCUCAAUUGCCACGGCAAGGGGGCAAUCCCAUCAUGACUUAGCAUCAAGCACAGUUCAGAGCAACUGUCUUCUGUCAAGGUUUAUCAUCCUAAAUGUUAACUUUUGGCUUUUAUGUUUCAAUAAUUGUGUAUGUAAAAAAAAAAAAAAAGAAUAUUUAAAUUCCAACCCUAGACUAUAAAUGUGUUUAUAAUAAGAUGUGGAUAUUUCCCUCUGUAGACUGUAACCAUAAUUUAAAUUAUUUUGUUCCACGCUGUUUUUUAUAUCCGUCAUGUACAUUGCGUUUCGAUCUGUAACUGCACGACCCUGAGGUCUGCGGCAGACCUCCCUCUUCCUGUGUAAAGUAGUGGAUCCAUCUUGCUUUUGCCUUAUCUAAAGCCUACAGUUAGGAAAGUGUGGGAAACUGUGGUUUCUCAAUAAAUAACUACUCAAAUGUC